GCUAAAAUAGUCCAGGCGGUCGCAGAAAAGACACCGUGUCGUUAGUUCCAGUCCGAGGGACAUUCCUCUGCCUUGAUUUUCCCAUAAAAAGAGUUUCUAUGUUAUCCAGGGGAAGGGGGGUGAGAUGGUGAGAGACGCAGCUCGAGACGUCCAUACGUGCCUUAUCUUAGUGGCAGUGACGUGAUAUUGCAGCUCCAGUCCUGAGGCUCGGCGAGAAAGCGCUUUCCAUCUCACUCCACAGCGAGUCAGCAGCAUCCUCCAUCCGUCAGGGAUUGCGCUCUACCUGCUACCCGACCUGGGCAUCUCUUGAGGGACGGGCAGACAACGACUAAUGAUCAGUCGAGAUUCACAACAUUUUUAGCCCUCGUUCUAGUGUCUGCUCACUUCUGUUGCGCUCUCAUCACUUGGUUGCGUUGAGGUGGGAAGAAAAAAAAAGGAGCGAGAUGAUGAUCCAGCCUGGAGUCUAAUGCAUUUUUGCUCAUUGACCAUCUUGUUGCUCUAGACUUCUAUCAUCGGCAAUGGGAGAUAUCGAUUCGCAGGGGAGCGACACGUUUCAUUUCUAAAAGGAUGUUUCCAAGUAUGUGGGAAAAAUAGCCAUAGCUUUCAGAGUGCAAGGCCAAAUGACAUAGGAUGAAGGCUGUUCGUAAUCUGUUGAUUUAUAUAUUUUCCACCUAUCUCCUGGUUAUGUUUGGAUAUACUGGUGCCCAAGAUUUCUGGUGUUCCACUCUGGUAAAAGGAGUUAUCUAUGGAUCUUACUCGAUAAAUGAAAUGUUUCCCAAGAACUUUACAAACUGCACUUGGACGUUGGAGAACCCAGAUCCUACCAAAUACAGCAUCUACCUAAAACUUUACAAACGAGAAAUUAGCUGUUCUGAAUUCUCUCUGCUGGCUUACCAGUUCGAUCACUUCUCUCACGAGAAGAUCAACGAGCUGUUGAGGAUCAACGAGUCCAUCGUGCACCUGUGUGAUGACGCCAAGAAUAUUUAUGUGUUUUUGCAUUACGACAAAAAUUUUGUGCAGCUUCGGCGAGUGUUUCCCUACGACUACAACGGAUUGAUGACGAAGAAGACAGAGGAGGAGGAAAGAUCUGUGGUGGAGUUUGUGGUUUUAAACAAGGCGAGCCCGAGUCAGUUUGGAUGUCAGGUGUUAUGCACGUGGUUGGAAAACUGCUUGAAAGGAGAGAAAGCUGAAUCGUGUGGAAUAGUCUACGCUAAAUGCACCUGCCCUCAACAUUUAGGCGAUGGGGAAUCUGAAAGCGUGCUGAUGCUCAGUAACGUGGUGUUGCCUUUAAAUCCCCAAACCGAAGGAUGCCUGACUCCUCAGGUGCGCUCGGCACAGGUGUGCAAUCUGAGCGCGGAGGUGCGCCGCCCAUCCAAGGAGGAAUAUGGAAUGAUCGGAGAACAUACUGUAAAAAGUCAGCGGCCAAGAUCAGUACAUGACACAAAGGGCCUACAGGAGCGAGAUGAAUCUGCUAAAUUUAUGGCACAAACUGGUGACCCUGGUGCUGAGGAGUGGUCCCAGUGGAGCUCUUGCUCAGUUACAUGCGGUCAAGGGUCGCAGGUGCGAACAAGAACAUGUGUCUCACCUUACGGAUCACACUGCAGCGGCCCUUUAAGAGAAUCCAGGGUGUGCAAUAACACUGCCCCCUGCCCAGUGCACGGUGUGUGGGAAGAGUGGUCUCCGUGGAGCCUCUGCUCUUUCACCUGUGGGAGGGGUCAUCGCACCCGCACUCGGAUGUGCACUCCACCCCAGCAUGGAGGAAGAGCGUGUGAGGGACCCGAGACCCAGAGCAAACUCUGCAACAUUGCCCUCUGCCCAGUGGACGGGCAGUGGCAGGAGUGGAGUGCGUGGAGCGAUUGCUCAGUGACCUGUGCUAACGGAACGCAGCAGCGGAAGAGGCAGUGCUCAGCGGCUGCUCAUGGGGGAUCUGAGUGCAGAGGACAUUGGGCGGAGAGCAGAGAAUGCUCCAACCCUGAAUGCACAGCUAACGGACAGUGGAAUGCUUGGGCUCCGUGGAGUGGGUGUUCUAAGUCCUGUGACGGUGGUUGGCAGCGGAGGGUACGCGUUUGCCAGGGGCUGGCGGUCACGGGGCAGCCAUGCGAAGGCAGUGGGGAGGAGGUCCGCAGAUGCAGCGAGCAGCGUUGCCCAGCUCCUUAUGAAAUAUGCCCGGAGGAUUAUGCUGUGUCCAUGCUGUGGAGAAGAACUCCCUCUGGGGAGCUGGCCUUCAACAGGUGUCCUCCCAACGCCACGGGCACCACUAGUCGACGCUGCUCACUGGAUCACCGCGGGGUGGCCUAUUGGGAGCAGCCCAGCUACGCUCGAUGCAUUGCAAAUGAAUACAGAUACUUGCAGCAAUCAGUCCAAGGGCACCUUGCUAAAGGUCAGAGGAAUCUGGCAGGAGACGGCAUGUCCCAGGUUACGAAGGUCCUCCUGGACCUCACCCAAAGACGCAAUUUCUAUGCAGGUGACCUUCUCUCUUCAGUGGAGAUUCUUCGAAACGUCACAGAUACCUUCAAAAGGGCCAGUUAUGAACCCUCUUCUGAUGACGUUCAGAAUUUUUUUCAGAUCAUCAGCAAUCUCCUGGAAGAAGAGAACAGAGAAAAGUGGGAAGACGCACAACAGAUUUACCCUGGGUCUGUGGAGCUCAUGCAGGUCAUUGAAGAGUUCAUCCACAUCGUCGGGCUGGGAAUGAAAGACUUCCACAACGCCUACCUGAUGACAGGAAACCUGGUUGCAAGUAUACAGAGGCUGCCUGCGGUAUCUGUGAUGACAGACAUUAACUUUCCCAUGAAGGGACGGAAAGGGAUGGUGGACUGGGCCAGAAACUCAGAGGACAAAGUUGUCAUUCCCAAAGGAAUCUUUGUGCCCCAGACAGCAGAUAUGGAUGGAUCUCCUGUGUUCAUUCUUGGAACGAUUCUCUACAAGACUCUUGGCCUUAUGCUGCCUGCUCCUCGGAAUAACACUGCUGUGAACUCGAAAGUGAUUGCUGUGACUGUCCGACCAGAACCCAGGGUUACAGAAGCCCAGCUGGAGAUUGAGUUAGCUCAUCUAGCUAAUGGAACAAUGAAUCCGUUCUGUGCACUGUGGGACAGCUCUAUUAUGAACGAUUCUUGGGGCAGCUGGAGCUCUAAAGGAUGCAGAACUGUGCUCACCGAUGCAUCCCACACCAAAUGCUUAUGUGAUCGGGUAUCUACCUUCGCCAUUUUGGCUCAACAACCCAGAGAAAUAGCUAUGGAGUACUCAGGGGUUCCAUCUGUAACACUAAUAGUGGGCUGUGGUCUUUCCUGCCUGGCCUUGAUCACACUGGCUGUGGUGUAUGCUAUUCUAUGGAGGUACAUCAGGUCGGAGAGAUCAAUCAUUCUGAUCAAUUUCUGCCUUUCAAUCAUCUGCUCCAACAUCCUGAUCCUAGUUGGACAGACACAGACACAUAAUGCGGGCAUAUGCACGAUGACAACUGCAUUUCUACACUUCUUUUUCCUGGCGUCCUUCUGCUGGGUCUUGACAGAAGCUUGGCAGUCCUAUAUGGCCGUGACGGGGAAAGUUCGGACCAGGCUCAUCCGGAAACGCUUCCUCUGUCUGGGAUGGGGAUUACCUGCUCUGGUGGUCGCUAUCUCAAUGGGAUUCACAAAAGCGAAAGGAUACGGGACACCUCAGUACUGUUGGCUAUCUCUGGAAGGUGGUCUUCUCUAUGCAUUUGUGGGACCUGCUGCUGCAGUUGUGCUGGUUAACAUGGUGAUUGGUAUUCUAGUGUUUAAUAAACUGGUUUCGAGAGAUGGGAUCCUGGAUAAGAAACUAAAACACAGAGCAGGGCAGAUGAGCGAGCCCCAUACAGGAUUAACUUUAAAAUGUGCCAAAUGUGGCGUCGUCUCAACUACUGCUUUAUCAGCAACAACGGCCAGCAACGCCAUGGCCUCCCUGUGGAGUUCCUGUGUUGUCCUUCCUCUAUUAGCUCUCACCUGGAUGUCUGCGGUGCUGGCCAUGACGGACAAACGCUCAAUAUUAUUCCAGAUCCUCUUCGCGGUCUUUGACUCCCUGCAAGGCUUUGUCAUAGUCAUGGUCCACUGUAUCCUCAGAAGAGAGGUUCAAGAUGCCUUCAGAUGUCGCCUGAGAAAUUGUCAAGACCCCAUCAGUGCAGACUCGACUGGUACAUUUCCCAACGGGCAUGCACAGAUCAUGACAGAUUUUGAGAAAGACGUGGACAUCGCAUGUCGAUCAGCCCUCCACAAAGACAUGGGCUCCUGCCGAGCGGCCACCAUCACCGGCACCCUUUCCCGCAUCUCUCUCAAUGAUGAUGAGGAAGAGAAAGGUCCCGAGGGGCUCAAUUACUCCACAUUGCCUGGCAACAUCAUGUCUAAAGUGAUCAUCCAGCAGCCCUCUGGACUUCACAUGUCCAUGGGCAUGGGCGAUCUGGGAGAGCAGUGUUUGGACAGCACGGCAGACAUGCGGAGGACCGUAUACCUGUGUACAGAUGACACCACCAGACAGAGCGAGCAGGAGCUGAGCGUCCACGACCUGAGCGGCCACCCCCAGCCGGGGCAGAUGGAAACGGACUACAUCGUCCUGCCUCGCGGUUCCGCAGCGGUGGUGUCGGGGGCCGGGUCCAGCAGCGUUCCCACCCUGCUGAAGGAGGACAGCAAGAUGAGCAUGACCAUGGACUCUCUGUCGCACGACAGGUUGAUGCAUUACAAGAUGGGCGCAGAGUUUAACCUCGGGCCCUCGGGGAUGGAGCACAUGGGAAUGGAACAGCAGUACCCCGUCCAGGCCGAACACAUGCAGAAUUUGCCCUUCGAGCCACGCACGGCUGUGAAGAACUUCCUGGCAGAAAUGGAGGAGAGCGGAGGACUGUCUCGAAGUGAAACCGGUUCAACUAUAUCGAUGAGCUCUUUAGAGAGACGAAAGUCGAGGUACCAGGAUCUAGACUUUGAGAAAGUCAUGCACACCAGGAAAAGGCAUAUGGAGCUGUUCCAGGAACUCAAUCAGAAAUUUCAAACCCUGGACCGAUUUCGAGACAUACCAAAUAUGGGCGGCAUGGACAAGGCAAUGCCAAACAAGAACCCCUGGGAGAGCUUCAACCCGGCAAGUGAAUAUCAGAACUACGCCACAAUGAAUGUACUAGAAUCAGACACAAAGAACUCUCUGGAGAUGACUAACGCUGAGUGGGAAAAGUGUGUCAACCUCCCUUUGGACGUCCAGGAGGGAGACUUUCAGACAGAAGUCUGAGGAAUAAUGAAGCGUUAGCGGGGACGCGGAUGAAGGUGGACAUAUUUUGCACUGAACAAAAACGCGGAAGACUUCUCAUGCAGCCUUGGAAAGACAUAUCUGGAUUCUAGGAGUCUAGCAGGGACAAUAUGUGCCAAUAAGAUUUUAAAACAAGGAAGGACGGACGGAUAAAAAGACGUUAGAAAAAGACAAAAAACAUCUGUGUUAUCUUUUUUUUUGUAUUCUCACUCGUGUAUUUAGUGGGGGGCAGACAUGUACAAUAUCGAACAUCAUGUGUUUCAAAAGUAACCAGUUGGAAAAUAAUCGGUUCCAAAAGCGUUAUCUUUCCAGACGAGACCUCAACAAGAAAACGACACGUGACAUGGCGUCCACCCACGAGCGGCGGCUGGGUUCGGUUUUUUGUUCGGGGGCAGACGAGCCCGGGAACAACAAUGUAUAUACUUGCGCAGGUUUUUAAAAAGUUUAUAACAAGUCCGUUUGGCCAUUACUACACUUUUUACUUUAUAAUAUGAAAAGACAAAACUAUUCAGAGGCAAAGAGGAUUUUUUUCUGUCAUUUAAAAAUGAAUGUUUGUCAAGCUACAUUCUUCAUUGCUUUAAAUGCAAUAAAGGUAAUACUCACUUUUUUAUGAAUAAUAUAUUUCAAAACUUUAAUACUGCAGAAUCUGCCUGGAAGCUCAGUAAAGCUCUCUCAUCUGCAGCCCUGUAUAAAAUAUUUAAAAAUCAAAAAUGUUGUAUGGUGUAAAUAAAACUUUUGUCUACAUAUGUUUUACUUGUGCCAAGUUUAUUUUAAUGAGAAAAGAGAAAAUGCCAACUUGAUGAGAGUUAUAGCGAAAAAUGUUAACAUUUGAAAAAGGAAUGUAAAUAAAAGAGGAAAUAUGUUCGUACUG